AUGUACGCGAGCUUGUGCUACACAGGCUUCAAGUCUGCCCCGCAGUCGGGCAUCAUUCCACCCAACGCCCUUUUCGAGAAGAUCAACGCUGAUAUCGAUGUUGACUUUUAUCACACUGCGAUCCCGACCGAGAACAUCGCCUGGCCUACUAAGGGAUUGCGCCGGGUAUCGGUGAACUCCUUCGGGUUCGGAGGAUCCAAUACGCACGUCGUUCUUGAUAAUGCGUAUCACUACCUGCGUGAUCGAGAACUCAUAGGGAACAACUGCACCGUCCCCGGUGCUACUGUGCAGACCCCGACCAUCGCAGAUGAGGUCGGUCACACCAGCGGGACGGUCAGCCACAUCAAGGCAAACGGCAUCAAUGGUAUGAACGGUGCCAGUAAGGCCAACGGGACCAACGGACAUCAUAUCGGCACUAACGGUACUAAUGGAAACUUGAACGGCACCAGCGAAGCCAACGGGGCCUGCGGAUACAACAGCACCAAUGGUACCAAUGGUACCCCCAACACCAACGGAGCAGUUAAUGGAAGCCAUCAUUCCAAUACCCAAGCCAGUCUGCUUGUCUUCAGCGCCGCCAACGAGAAGGGGCUCGAGCGUACGAUCGAGGGGUACGUCACCUUCUACAAGACCCAGGUUGCGGGCCACUCAGACAAGCUGUCGCAACUGGCUUAUACCCUCGCCGCGCGACGGAGCUCUAUACUCUGGCGGACUUUUGCUGUUGCAACUGGUGAACAGCAGGUUCUUGCACUUGGAGCUGCUGCUAUGAAGCCAGUACGCACCUCGGCAGAAGCUGAAGGUUGGCCUUCGUCUUCACUGGUCAAGGUGCCCAAUACGCCGAUAUGGGUAUUGAGCUUCUGGAAUGAGCUCAGCAACACCACGAACAUCGACAAGCCCGAGUAUAGCCAGCCACUAUCAGCGGCUCUUCAGAUCGCCUUGGUCGAGCUACUGAAGAGCUUCGGUGUCGUUCCAAAGGCUGUGAUCCGACAUUCGUCUGGCGAGAUCGCUGCAGCGUAUGCGAUCGGAGCUUUAUCACUACAUUCAGCAUGCAAAGUCUCGUUCUUCCGCGGGCAAUUGGCGGGCGGGCUGAAGGCCAAAGCCUCGACGACAGGCGCUAUAAUGUCUGUCAAUCUCCCUCAAGAGCACGUAGUUUCCUACCUAGAGGCCAUGGAUGUUGUAGGCCUCACUGAGUCCAUCAACAUAGCAUGCAUCAACAGUCCACUGAACUGCACGCUUUCCGGCACAGAGUGGGCCAUUGAUACUGUGAGGGAACAGCUUGACAAGGACGGCAUUUUCGUACAGAAGCUGAAGACAGGAGUCGCAUACCAUUCCCCUUUCAUGUCCAUCAUUGCCGACGAGUACAGGUCGCAAUUGGGGACGCUUGAGGCCAGCAAGUCCCAGCGCGUUGGCCCAUCGGUCCCUAUGGUGUCAUCGGUAACGGGCCGAGCCGUUCGGUCAUCCCUGCUUACGACGGCCCAAUAUUGGGUCGACAACAUGGUGUCCCCUGUCCGGUUCACCGAUGCGGUGCAGAUCCUGACGCAGGAUUCUGCAACCCUCAAAGUCGGUCUUGGGAGCAUCACAGACCUCGUCGAGAUUGGUCCGCACUGUGUGCUACGCCGCCCAAUCCAGGACACGAUUGGCCAGGCCGGGAAUCGGAAGAAGCAGGUUCGCUACGCCUCGGUGCUCUAUCGGUCCAAGUCGGCGAUCCAGAGCACCCUGGAGUUGCUGGGACAUCUGUUCUGCGACGGCCACACCGUGUCCAUCGCCGAGGCCAACCACCAGUCGCCCAGCCAGAAGCCAGCCUUCCUCGUCGACUGUCCCGAGUAUCCUUUUGACCACUCUCACGUCUACUGGGCGGAGUCCCGGCUGAAUCGCGACUUCAGAUUGCGCGAGCCCGUUUCGGGGGACACGCUGGGGUCACGAUUCUAUGACUGGAACCCUUUAAAGCCGACGUGGAGGAACUUAUGGAGCGUGGAGACUACGCCGUGGUUGGGAGACCAUGUUGUCAGCGACACCAUCAUCUACCCAGCAGCGGGAAUACUCGUGAUGGCGAUGAAAGCGGUACAACAGAUGGCCGAUGCCAACCGGGUGGUAUCGGGCUACUACAUCAAAAAAGCCCAACCCCUGAUCCCGAUAGUCAAGCACUACGAGAAGGAGUCGCUCUGGUCGGACAUCAAGAUCUUCGCCCGCUACGAUGAUCGAUGGACCGAGUGUUUCCGAGCCAGUGUCCGGAUUCAGUACGUAGAAUCUGACGCGCACGUUGAUGGCGGUUUGGAGAGACGGUUGACGAAUGAGCGUAUCGCAAGUCAGUACAAGCGUGCGACCGAAGCCUGUACAGAGCCCAUUGACUCGAAAAUGUUCUACCAGGACAUAGCGGGUCAUGGAAUCAGGUACGGAGACUGGUUUCAGCUUCUGGAAAACAUCCGUUAUGACGGUGACGGUGAUGCCAAGGUUGUGGCCCGCGUGGACGUGUCGACAGCUAAACAUCAAACGAACAGUCUCGUUCAUCCGGCUAUCCUAGAUGCGGCUUUCCAUGCCCUUCGAGUCAGCGCUACCAAAGGUCUGUCCACGUCGUCGGCUACACGUGUGCCUAUGCGACUACUCGAUUCCUGGUUCUCAGCCUCUGGAUGGCAACAACCACACACAUCGUCGAUUCGAUACAUGACGAUUACUAGUGGUGGAGCUGAAGGAGAGAGCAAGGAGGGAACCAUUUACGCCUUGGAUGACAACUUGUCGCCACUGUCUCAAGCCGAUCCUCGUGCGCGAGAUCGACCCCUCUCCGUAAUCUUCGACUCCAGUCUAGCUGAGACAUUCUACACCGAUAUGUUCUUGAGCAUUUGUGAUCAUCGCCUUCAGAAGAUCCUCGAUCUAGCCUCUCACGAAAACCCUAAGCUGCGCAUACUUGAAGUAGGAGCAGGGACGGGUGGCAUGACGUCGCAUGUGUUAUCUGCUCUGCAGCAGCUCGAGGCCCAAAGCGGUGGCUUGAAGUUUUCGAACUACACGUACACCGAUAUCUCACCCACGUUCUUUGAGAGCGCUGCCAACAAGUGGCAGAAUCUGAAGGAGAGGGUCACGUUCAAGACGUUCAACCUGGAACGCAGCGCUGAGGACCAGGGGCUCGAACUGUGUUCCUAUGACCUGGUUGUCGCCGGGAGUGUGCUGCAUGCCACCACCGAUCUGGCGGCCACGAUCCGGAACGUACGUAAGACGUUGAAGCCUGGCGGACACCUCAUACUCCUCGAAGCCAUAGCUCCGGAGAAAGUCAUCACCAACUUCGUGUUUGGCCUAGCCGGGGUGGUGGAACUGUAUGGAGGACUGGAGAGCCCUAUCGCCGGCUAUUGUCGAGGAGCAAUGGGAUGGCUUUUCUGGUAA